AGAUGUUUGGCCUGCAGCAUGGUCGCUAGAGCGUAACUGCUGCAGAAGCCAUGGGCGGAGUGGUUGCAUUAGCCAAGAAGUCGACGCUCGGGGUAGCGCAGUUGGGAUCAGAGCAGAGCCGUGAAGAGUUCGCUGUGUACACCACCUUAAGGAUCCUGGGUGUGCUUCUGGCGCUCUACUGCUUCCUAUUCGGCCUGGACUUGGUGGGCGUCUCGCUGGCCGCCUUCGGCGGGAAAAGGGCCGGGCAGCUGUUCGCCAUCACCGACAACCCCAUCGCGGCCCUGAUGGUGGGCAUUUUGGCCACCGUGAUGGUGCAAUCCUCAUCCACCAGCACCAGCAUCGUGGUGGGCCUGGUGGGAGCAGAGGUGCUGACGGUGGAAAGAGCCAUCCCCAUCAUCAUGGGCGCCAACGUGGGGACAGCUGUAACAAACAACCUAGUAUCCAUGACAUACUUAGGCAAUCGCUUCGAGCUGGAGCGAGCGUUUUCGGCUGCCACCGCUCACGACAUCUUCAAUAUUCUUAAUGUCUUGAUAUUGCUGCCCAUUGAGCAAAUCAGCGCUGCCCUUUCCGGUAGAGGAGGUCUUCUUUUCUUGAUGUCGAAGGGCUUAGCUGAUGCCGUACUCGGCACUGCUUCCAACCUGGAAUUUUCCUCUCCUACACAGGCAAUGGUAAGGCCUUUGAGCAGCCUUUUGCUGACCGUGGACAAAGAUGUCGUGAAAGCCGUUUCUUUUGGCCCCCCUUCGGAGCACCUCAUCUUACACAACUGUUCCUCCUGUGGCUCUUAUUCUUGUCUAUCUUCGGCCACAAGCGAAGUUUGGAAGAAGGUCACGAGCUUUGAGGCUUUGGAGGUUUGUGGAGGUGCGAACGACUGCAAGCAGAAUAGCACUUGUUACCUGAGCGCUGGCAACUACUUCAAGUCCAUCGAGGAAGCACACCUGAUCCGCCAGGGGCUAUUGCAAGGCCUUGGUGACCUGGGGGGUGGCAUACUUGGCCUGGGCAUUGCUCUUGUGGUGAUGUGUGGAGCGCUCUAUGUCAUGGUGAGGCUGCUGCACGGUCUGGUCAUGCGCAAGGCAACGCAGGUGGUCCAGAUUGGGAGCAACAUGAAUGAUUUCUGGGCCCUGUUGCUGGGCAUGGCUUUGGCCUUCGUUGUGCAAUCCAGCUCGGUGGUGACCUCUGCAUUGAUCCCCUUGGUGGCUAUAGCGGUUUUGCCCGUGGGCAAAAUGCUGCCGAUCACGUUGGGGGCGAACAUUGGAACCACAGUUACGUCGGUGCUGGCGGCUCUGACCAUCAUGAACGCUGACAGCAUCCAGAUCGCAUUCUGCCACUUGCUGUUCAACAUUCUCGGCGUCUUGAUCUGGUUUCCAAGCCCAAUGAGGCGUUUGGUGCUUGACGCCGCAUGCACGCUGGGAUUCUAUGCAUCCUGCUGGCGCCUGAUGCCCACGCUGUAUACCCUCUGCACCUUUGUGGCCUUGCCUGGCGCCCGGGCGACGUUGCAGCCCCUAUUUUUGGGCGUGUCUUUCUGAGGUUUCUCUUUGAUUUCAGUGGGUUUUAAGGAAAACCGGAAAAAAAGACGGAACACACAGAAACAAGCAACGUCUUGAAAUGGGGGGGUUCCAGAAGAGGAAAUCGCCCAAGAUGGUCCACUUUGCCCCUUGCGCCUUGAUCUUUGCACAUCGCCAGGUGGGACGCUUUGCAUCUCCAUGCUCUACCAGGUCAGCAUAGUGUGGGGGGUAGUUGUCACGAUCCUGGCUCUGGGGCUGGUGGCCGCACUGUUGGUGUUUUGGGUCCGCAGAGGUAGAGGACGGUUUGGUCUCAACCUGCAGCACCAGUCAGAGGACCAGUCGGAGGACCGGUCGGAGGAGGCAGAAGAGGUUGCAGAUCUGGAGGAGCCAGUUGAGCAGCCGGUUGAGCCUCCGGAGGAACUGUGGGACGCCCAGCAGUGGGAGGUGCCAGCCGAGGCGAGACAAGUCCCUGCAGUGACGAGAACGCAAGCGACCACACACCACGUGGCAAGAUAAAUGGAUGUGGCUUUUUGCCCGAGAGGCGCCACUGGGGUGGUUUUUAGUUGCAGCGCCAAUGUUACGGAGGUCUGAGCAAAGACAACUCUGUCGUAGCUGCAACAGUCCCAGAAAGCGGCAAGUGUGAGAAUCGCAUCGCGACUCCAAAGUACUUCUCCAAUUUAUUUUUCUAGACGUUGGGCUUGAUUUUCUUGCCUGACAUGUACGUGCAAUUGCGCCGACAAGUUUCAGGGUCAGCAAACAGGCGUGAAUCGCACGUUUGCUCGGGAGCGGCUGAUGCUGGCUUACAGGGCGGCUCUUGAUCCCCUGUGUCUCAAUUCAGACCAUAGGGUUGCGUGCCUCAAAAUAGGGAGGAUUCUUUGUUUGUUUUCAGGAUCUUUUUUUGGUCA